UGUUUCAGGUGUUUGGAACGGUACAACCUCUAGAAAGAUCAAUCAGCAGAAGAUUUGUCCUGAUGAAGAAGUACUCGUGUACAGAUGAAAACCACGGCGAAUAGAUAAUGUCGUCAGUAAACAAACUUUGCGGAUAAUAGCCGAAAAUGGAUAUCAGCCAUGCUGUAUUGGAUAGAGAAGCAAUCAACCGGUUCGAACAGUACACAUUGGCAAAGCCAUCUCUCAAUGGGGGAAUCCCUUUGGAUAAAUGCCAAGACAACGAUUCGAUGGCAUCAAAUAGCAAAAAGAGAGUACAGACGCCGCGACAGAAAGUUGUGUGCUGCUUUUGUUUCAAAACUACUAAAUACAGACGAAAACAAUUCGUCAUCGGCUGUUUGACGAAUAGCAUAAUAUUUUCUAUUUUACUAGCGUACACUUUUCUCGGUUCCGUCAUAUUCCUUGCUAUCGAAGGCGGUGCCGAAGUCCCCGCACGUCCUAGAAUAUUACCUGAUAAACAGAAAAUAACACACAAAGAAGACACUAAAGAAACGAAUAAAAAGGAUGUAGAAGAUGAGUACGAUAAUGGAAACUUAACACUUUCAGCGAAUUAUUUCUGGGACGCGAGAAGUAAAGCAGUAGAAAAUAUCUGGGAAAUAACAGUAUCAUUAAACAUUUUGUACAGGGAAAAUUGGACCCGGUUAGCUGCGCAGGAAAUUCUAAAGUUCCAAAACGAGUUGAUGCAGAGGGUCACAACAGAAAUGGCGUCACAGUAUGGUGUAAGUUACAGAGAGAUGGCUCUCGGCGAAUUCACAGGGAAUGACAUUAGCAACCACUACGAGGAGCAUGACUGGAAUUUGGCGCUAGCAUUUUUCUACUCGUUAACAGUACUGACAACAAUUGGUUAUGGCAACAUUGCACCAAGAACUAUUCUGGGGAAAGGUGUCACGAUCGCGUACGCACUCGUUGGAAUUCCACUGACUCUUGUCUAUUUGUCGAGCGUUGGGUCACUAUUAUCAAAAAUGGCGAGAAGUGUUUUUAGUAGAGCGUUGUGUUGUUGCCUUUGCUCGAACUGCGGUUACUGUUGCUACGACGAAAGAAGAAUGGCUGAAAAGGAAAGACGAAUGAAACUGAAACGGCAACAGGAAGAAAACUUAAGUCAGAACACUAGCAAAACACCCACCGAAGAAUGCUAUGUAUUGAAAACAGACAGCCAAAGAGACUCGUCAAUGUCAGAGAGACCCACAAUCAGCACAGCAAAAGAUGACGUCAUAAGCUGGCCUGACACAGAUUCAAAGUUAUCAAUGCACGGACUUAGCAUACUUGCUCCAGUCUUCCUUUGUCUUGCGGCAAUAUUCAUUUAUAUAUCAUUAGGGGCUAUCGUACUUUUUAAUUUAGACAAUAUGAGUAUUGUAGACGGUUUCUAUUUUUGUUUCAUGGCCUUAAGCACUAUUGGUUUCGGUAACAUUAUACCUGGCAUGAGUUACACCACAAUAAACGGUGUCAGGUAUUACACUAUCAAUUCAACUGUUUUGUGGUUUUGUUCCGCGUACACUCUAACGGGAUUAGCUUUGACUGCGAUGUGCUUUGGUGUGAUACACGAUGAAAUAAUUUAUAGGAUAAAGCAUCAACAGAAAGAGUGGUCACAAAAAAGCAACACUGUCAACGAUGAGGUUAAUAUCAGCGAGGCGUUUUACAUGAGCUCUUGACAAAUGUAUAAUAAAGGUAAAUCCGAAAAUUUGUACAGCAUUAUGGAGGACACUUCUAUAGUUGAACGGAAUAGAAUCGAUAUCGACAAUAGGGAAGUAGUUUUAAGUGUAGAUGAAAUGUCACUGGCGAUAGAAUCGACGUCAGAAUUUCCACCACCACCACCUGAAGAAGAAAUCAUUGCCAUUGUAACUAAAAAAGAACCGAAAGGUUCUUUAGGAGAUAUGGUAGCGUACAAUGCCCUUCCAGAAAUGCUAGAUCAUGUGAAUACAUAAAUUUCUAUUUUUAUAUACAUAUAAAUUGUUUGCAAAUCAGUUUUGUAUUUGAUAUUAGUUUACUGGCUGUGAUUCCAUUAUUAUCAUGUAAUAAAAUAUUCUUCAAAGUCAACGUUGGUAAAUGUAGACAUAGAUAUUAGAGAAAAUUAUGUAAAUGAAAAUGUAAAUCAUACCUUUUCAUUAAAACAGAUAUAAAUUAAAACAUAUUUUAAAUAAAUUACAAGCGCUGUGAUUUCACGCGAUGUUAAGUGACGAUAACGUUUAAUGGCAGGCGUCCACAGACUGAUCUGCAUCGUACGUAUCGGACGCAUCGCAACAUACGGAUUUUUAACUUUACGGUAGAUAAAAUCCGUUCGAUGCGAUCCGUACGAUGCGGAUUAUACAAAGAAUACUAAAAUCUAAAUUCUAUACAAAGAAUACUAAAAUCCGUUUGAUGCGAUGCAUCCUAUGAGAACGAUGCCGAUCUAUGGACGCCUGCUAUAAGACUGUAAUAUGCUAAUUUAAAAAGUUUAAAAAAAUAUAUUCAAUCUAUACGAUCUGAUUUAUAUUUAGCAUCAUAUCGGAACUGAAUCGAAUCAGAUCGGUUUGUGACGUCCGUUAUUGGUCUGCCACAAUUCAAUAAAUUUAAAAUCAAUCAAAUCAAUCAAUUUAGAAUAAAUCUAGUUUUGAUUUAAACUCAGGAUCUUCUGUCAAAAAGCAAUGAGUACAUAAUUACGCCAGAGAAAAUAUUCCUCAACAAAGACCUAUUAAAAAGGGCAUUAUUAAAGCACAAUAAUAUUAUUUUAUCUUCAUAGGUCAGAGCUAAGUCCCGUCGCGCAUUUUCCAGGUUUCCAGUUCCAAUUUCAACAAAAAUAAUAUCACAUUUCAGCUCAAACUUUCUCGUUAACAUUUUCCAACGUUGACCGUUUUAGUGAAAAACAAAAGACGACGUCUGAUUUAUUUAAUAAUCAAAAACCUCUAUGAAUUAUGUACAUUUCUGUAAAUAUAGGUAAUGUUUAUAUUUGUAUGUAAGUCCUAGGCUAUAUUAGAAUGAUGUGUGACAUCAUACAUAAGUUUAGUCACGUCUAAUCGUCAACUGUUAAAUAUCAAAGAUAUAGGUGUAACAAUUUUCAUGUGAAUAGUAACUACCUUUCUAAAAAUAUCAAUUUAUUAAAAAAAUAAAUGAUUGAAUUAUUUAA